CAUCGAUGACCGUAGCCAGGACUCACCGUUGUCUCCGGGAGACGGCGCGUGAGCAGCACUCGGACUACCCCUUCUUCAGACCACAUCUCCCAUCUCAGUUAAUCACAUCCGCUGACGUCUUGCCGUAGAACGAACCCUAAGUCGCACCGAGAGAUCUACUAGAUCUAUUCAUCUUCCCCCUUGUUCUAUUUGCAAGCAACAUGCCAAGCUUUCCGCAGGCCGGAGCGGUGACCAUCUGCGAGAUUAAUCGCGAUCUCAUUACUGCUGAAAACUUGUUCGAUGAUCGGGCGAAAGAAACUUAUGGCAAAGUUCUGGGAAUGGUGUUCAGUCCUAUUGCUUUCCAACCAGAUCUUAUGAUGCCUGAUACAGAGCAAGUUGCAGAACAAGAACUGAGCAUUCCUGUUCCGACGAGGGGUUUUGCUGGUUUGAAAGUGAGCAUCUCUGAGUCCAUUAAGCGCAUUUUCUGCCCAAAUGAGUUGAAUGCACUAGAAGAAGUUGAUACUCAAAGAGUAAGUUGGCAUCCACAUAAGCAUUGUUUAGCAUUUGUAUCUGGGCCAAGUCAAGUAACAAUAAGGGAUUAUGAGGAUUCAGAUAGUAAAGAUCCAUGCAUAUUGACUAGUGAUUUCCAAAGAGGCAUCAAGACACUUGAAUGGAGGCCAAACAGUGGCAAGAUGCUCUCAGUUGCAUGCAAGGGUGGAAUAUGCAUUUGGUCUGCUUCUUUCCCAGGCAAUGCACCGUCUGUUAGAUCUGGAGUUACCUCUUCUGUGAGUAGUGUUUCUAGAGGCUCUGGAAUUCGAUGGAUCCUGGUAGAUUUUCUUCAAAGCCCCAAUGAUGAACAAAUAAAUGUACUUUCUUGGAGUCCCAAUGGAAGAUAUUUGGCAUCUUCUUCGGGUGAUAGUUCAGCAUUUACGGUAUGGGAUGUUUCUCAAGGAUUAGGAACUCCUAUUCGACGAGGUUUAGGCACGAUAUCAAUGCUGAAGUGGUCACCAAGUGGAGACUAUUUUCUAACUGCUAAGUUCGAUGGUACAUUCUACCUAUGGGAGACAAAUACUUGGACAUCAGAACCUUGGUCUUCAACUAGCGGAUAUGUCACAGGAGCUACAUGGGAUCCAGAAGGACGGAUGAUACUAAUUUCAUUCUCUGAAUCAGUAACUUUAGGUUCAAUUCACUUUGCAUCAAGGCCUCCUUCAUUGGAUGCACACCUUGUACCAGUGGAAUUGCGAGAAAUUGUCUCUUUGACUGGAAGUAGAGGCAUUGAGAAGGUAACCUGGGAUGCUUCAGGAGAACGCUUAGCUUUGUCAUACAAAGAUGGAGAUGAUAUGUACAGUGGUCUGAUUGCCAUAUAUGACACUAAGAGGACACCUCUCGUCUCAGCAUCAUUAGUUGGCUUCAUUAGAGGACCAGGAGAAAAGCCAAAGUCACUUGCAUUUGCCUUCCACAAUAAGUUCAAGCAAGGGCCACUUCUAUCUGUGUGUUGGAGCAGUGGAUGGUGUUGCACAUAUCCUCUCAUAUUUCGUUCUCAUAUCCUUCCUUAAUUUAGACUUGCAGUUUUGUCUGGGUUGAGAGAAGUCAAUGACCGCCGCUUUGACAAGAUGGUUAUGAUUUGAAUACAUGCUGACGAAGCAUAGGGUUGCGCGAGAGACUUUGUUCUGGAAAUCUAAAAUGUUACCAGGAAUAUGCUGUUGUAAUAGCUGAAGCUAAUACUUUUGUUCCGGAGAUGAUAUUACUUCCAAGCAAAAAAAUCUUCUUUCAAAA